GUCACAUUUGUCACAAGCAGGAAAUAAAAGUUCUGCCGUCCUUAUCCCUCUCCUGUGUUUUCUGUUCUGUUAAAUAUGUAACCAAACCAAUUUAGCUCCAGCAGAUCAACUCUCAAUCUCCGUUCUGGACAGAAACCUUUCCUGUGCAGGGAUGACAAUUGCAAAUAAAACAAUUCUGCUGCGCAUUGGAGUUCUGAUGAUAGUUGUAUUUGCUGUAUUAAAGUAUCUGACUAAAACCAGUCCGCCAGAGGUCCAAAAAGUUGUGACGGCUAAAAAUGAGUACCCAGAAGACUUCUUUUGGGGAAAUGUCGCAGGUCCCAAUAUAAAUAUGGAGGAAAAGGAGCUUCCACCCGAGCCACCGCAUGAAGAGCAAGGUAAAGCCAAGGCAAAAAACGUGGCAAAAAAACAGAAGAAUUCUGGAGAUUUCAGCCAUGUUCAGAUGAAACUGGUGCACCUGGAUUUGAAGGGAGCUGCCCCUAAGGUUUCAUACUAUGAACAGAUAUUUCCGCUACUGUCUAAACUGGGUGCCAAUGGAGUACUUAUUGAAUAUGAAGACAUGUUCCCUUACAGUGGUGAGCUGGAAAUCCUGAAAUCGCCAUACGCCUAUAGUGAUGCUGACAUUGAGAAGAUUCUGCACCUGGCCAGCAUGAACAAGCUGGAGGUGGUUCCGCUGGUGCAAACAUUUGGACAUUUGGAGUAUGUUCUAAAGCAUGAUAAGUACCGUGCCAUGCGGGAGGUGGAGCGCUACCCAAACAGCCUGAACCCUCACUUUGCUGACGCUCUGCCACUGGUAAAAAUGCUAUUGACACAAGUCCUGGAUAAACACCCCAAAUGUAACUGGGUCCAUAUUGGAGCUGACGAGGUUUACCAUCUUGGUGAAGGGCAGGAUUCCAAGAGCUGGCUAAACGAUAACAAAGGUGACCUGGGCAAGAUGUUUCUCGCUCACAUCUUAGAGGUGGUGAAAUUCCUGCGCACUGACUACCCUAACAAGCAGCCGAUCAUGUGGGAUGACAUGCUCAGGAAGCUUAGUGUAGAAGUCAUCAAGGCUUCUAGUAUCAUCCAGUAUGUAUCUCCAGUGCUGUGGAUUUACAGUCCAAAUUUCAACAUCCCCCAGACAGAAAAGAUUAUCUCCAAGUAUCAAGACAGCGGAUUUAAAACUAUUUGGUUUGCAAGCGCUUUCAAAGGGGCAUCAACAGUUGACCAAAUGUGGACUCCUAUCAGCACGCACAUGAAGAAUCAUCAGUUGUGGAGUCAGAUGAUUAAAUCCAUGUCUCGUUUCCCUAAAAUACACUACCAGGGUAUCGCUCUCACAGGGUGGCAAAGAUACGAUCAUUAUUCAGUGCUAUGCGAGCUUCUUCCUGUGGGUAUUCCAUCCCUUGCCGUGUGUCUCCAGACAUUACAGCACGGAAAGUUCACAGAUGGAGCCAAAAAGGAAAUGGCAAAUAUUCUGGGAUUCAGUAACAUUGAUGCAGAGAAGAAUAUUUGUACUGGAAAUGGUGCAUUCCCGGGAUCUGAGAUUUUCCGCCUGGUCAAAAAAAUUAACGAGGAGUUAAAAAAAAAGAUCAGAGAACUACUGGAGGGAAACAAUGAUAUCAAAGGCUGGUUUUCUCGUUACCAUCGGAAGCAUCUUUUUGGGAAUCCUCACAAAAUGGAAGGAUUCAGCGACAAAGUACUAAAACUACAUGAGGAGUGGGAAGCUAUCACAAAGUCCCUCCGCUCUGAGUUGGAGACCAUCUACUUCCCUGACACAGUGGAGGAAUGGAUGGAGGAAAAUGUCAACCCAUAUAUGGACCCACUUCGAGAAUUUGUCAAAGACCUCCAGGAAAUUAUACCUCUCAAUGCCCAGCCGAAGGCCAUGCGAAAAAAAUGAUGUUGUUGACAAUCUCAGGAAGAAGUCUUUAGUCAUCGCUGGCAAGUCAAGUAGCCCAUAAAACAAUUGACCAAGCUCACAAGAAGUCAUCUUCUUGUUCUGUAGGCAACACGUUUUUUUCCCCUUUCACCGAUACAAAUGGCUGAUCCAUUUAGUUACAUGUUCAGGAGUGUAAACAUCUGCAUGGGCAAGACUCUGUAUAUCUAUAGCUACAAAAUGUGAUUAACUCAUUGGCUGCCAGAGCCGGCUAGAAUGUGUUGCAACUCUGUUUUGUAGCCAAUCGGUUAAGAGUUUCAUAAGUAAGUACAGUGAUCACUACAGAAUAUCUACACUAAUUUGUGCAUAUGCAACGCUACAAUAAGUAUCUGCAUAUGCAACGCUACGAUAAGUAUCUGCAUAUGCAACGCUACAAUAAGUAUCUGCAUAUGCAACGCUACAAUAAGUAUCUGCAUAUGCAACGCUACAAUAAGUAUCUGCAUAUGCAACUCUACAAUAAGUAUCUGCAUAUGCAACGCUACAAUAAGUAUCUGCAUAUGCAACGCUACAAUAAGUAUCUGCAUAUGCAACGCUACAAUAAGUAUCUGCAUAUGCAACGCUACGAUAAGUAUCUGCAUAUGCAACGCUACGAUAAGUAUCUGCAUAUGCAACGCUACAAUAAGUAUCUGCAUAUGCAACGCUACAAUAAGUAUCUGCAUAUGCAACGCUACAAUAAGUAUCUGCAUAUGCAACGCUACAAUAAGUAUCUGCAUAUGCAACGCUACGAUAAGUAUCUGCAUAUGCAACGCUACAAUAAGUAUCUGCAUAUGCAGGUAUAUGAUUUUUUUAAAUGAGCUAUUUGGUUGUCCUCACCCCCCCCCCCCAGGCCAUACCUCACUGUAAUCUUCUGCCCCAGCAACAUAAUGCAAAUAUAUUACUUGUGUCAUUUCUUCACCACUGGCAGAUUUGGGGAAUUAAAGGGACAGUAUAAACUUGGAGAUUGUAAUAUAAUAGUAAAACAACUUUGCGCUAUACUUACAUUAUUUAAUUUGCCCUUUUUUCCUGUUAUUUAACAAAUCUAAUGCUGCUUCCUUUCUGUCCCUAACUGGACACAGCAGAAAUGAUCAGAUAACAAACUGUAAAAACAGGGGUCAAGUGCUAAAAAAAAAUAAGUGUGGGAACUCACCAAGACUUCCCCCCUCACAAUUAAUAUCGUUUUAUAUAAACACACACACUUAUGCACACACUGUAUGUAUAUGUAUAUAAUCUAUACGAUUUGGAUAAUGAAAGCAAAUUAAAACCAAUGAAGGGUUGAAUGGUUGCCUUAGGACCUGAGACUCCUCUGCCACAGAGUCUCACCCACUUAACGUGCAAUAGUCCUACUUCUGCUGAGGGGAGCUAAAUAACCCCACAGCAAGCCACAUAGAAGUGUAAGCACAAUGUGUUACACACAGUGUGGGGCGAUCACACAGCAGGACCGCUGACAGGCUUGCAUUUAGUGUAUUGUAGGAAGUGUUACUGCCCAUUACUAGAGGAUCUCACUAUCCCUCUAAUCAGACUGUGCACCAGCUCCUCCCACCAGCAGCAGCAGUGUUUACUUAAGUGUUUCUGUUCUCUGUCCAGAGGGAACUUAGUUCCUCCUGCAAAAAUAGUGCAGGAACUCUGUUUCCAUGCGUUCCCGCCCGACUUGACCCCUGUGUAAAAAAGAUAUAGGUUUUAUUAACAAACUCACAGUUUAGAGCCUUAUCUAUUCUAUUAAUGUCCUCUUAACAGUCAAAAUUGAAAUGUGUAUGAGUGCAUUUCAGUUUUGAAUCACAAUCACAUUAUCACAGUUUCAGUGGUAUAUUUACAUAUGUGUAUACCCAGUGCACCUGCAUUUGAACAUAGCGCUUGUUUAGGGAACCCCUGGGUGUUUGUAUGAAACACAGGGCCAGAUUACAAGUGGGGCGCAAACAUUUGCACGUGAGUGAAAAGGGGUUUAUCGCGGGAGUUUGCGCUCGUAGAGUUGAAAGAAAAUGUAAUUGCUUAAAGGGACAGUAUACUUAAAGGGACAGUAUACACUCAUUUUCAUAUAACUGCAUUUAAUAGACACUACUAUAAAGAAUAAGAUGCACAGAUACUGAUAUAAAAAUCCAGUAUAAAACUGUUUAAAAACGUACUUAGAAGCUUUCAGCUUAGCUCUGUUGAAAAGGCAGCUGGAAAGCCCACUGCAAGUGGGAAAUAAGACACUCCCCCCCCCCUCCCCCUUUUGCAUAUGAAAAGACCCUUUACACAAACAGGAGCAAGCUGGAGAAGGUAGCUGACGGUAUUCAAAUAAAACUUUGGGGCUUGAUUAGGAGUCUGAAAAUCAGAGCAAUGUUAUUUAAAAAUAAGCAAAACUAUACAUUUAAAAAAAACAAAAAAAACUUUAUGGGCUUUAUAAAUAGAUCAUCUACAAAACAUUUAUGCAAAGAAAAAAUGAGUGUAUAAUGUUCCUUUAAGCACAAUCACGAUUUACUCUAAAAUGAUUACCGCAACAUCAGAGCUCUGGUUAACUGUUUUGCAAAACAAAAAAGUUGCACAAAACAUAUCAAAAAUACAUUACAAAGUACAGUUACACUCAUAAUGAAACCAUCUAAUAAAAAUUAUUUAAAAAAUUGCAUAAAAAGUUAUAAGGGCUCUAUCCUGUAACAAUGCCAAUUAUAUAAGCACUAUGUUGUUAUUUCACAAAAUAAAAUAAAAUAUUUUUGAAAAAAAAAAAAGUUAUAAGGGCUCAAAGAAAUGAGAUUUCAGGUGUUAGGGAAAAAUAAAGCAGGCAAAGGGCUUUAACAUAGAGAUACAUACAUAUGUGUGUAUAUACUGUAUAUUUAUGUAUUUAUUUGUGCAUAUAUGUAUUUACAGACAUUUACACACAUAUAAACACACACACACAUAUACAGGCAGUCCUCGGGUUACAGACAUCCGACUUAAGCACAACUCGUACUUACAUACAGAGAAAAUAGAGCUUUAUCGACAAUCCUUCUUUCCAGGAUAAUCCAAAAUACUGAAAAUCCAAUUGUCACAAGGACAGAAAGUGAUGUGAAAUUUUCUGAACAGGGGCACAGAUAGCAAAACAAACUUUAUCCUAUGCUAUCCAAAACAAAAAAAAAAAUGUUUGGCUAGAGUUUCACCUAAAAAAAAGUGCCUGUUCCAACUUACAUACAAAUUCAACUUAAGAACAAACCUAAAGUCCCUAUCUUGUACGUAACCCGGGGACUGCCUUUAUAUAUAGUGCAUUGGAGCCUUUUGCAGUUAAGUGAAGCAUAUUUAUAGUUCUAUUGUGUAUUUAGUGUAAAUAUUUCACAUUCCAAAGUUCUUCACAUAGCAGAAUAUUUAUAAAUAGAUAUAUAUAUAUAUAUAUAUAUAUAUAUAUAUAUAUAUAUAUAUAUAUAUAUAUACAGUAUAUAUAUAUAUAAUUGGAAUGUAAAAUAUUCAUAUUUUCAUGUCAGGUUAUCGCACAUUAGAAUAUGCGAUUGGGUGGAAUUUUUUUCUACUUUUUUUCUCCAUUGACUUCUAUUGGAAAUACAUGAACGCGCAAGCAAUAUUGUAAGUUCAUCUUUUUGCACUCGUCAGGUUAGCGUGUGAGAGAAAACAGUUGAAUUAAUAAUACGCGCGCAACCUGAUGACCGCAAAAAGCUUACUUCUAGCGCAGUUAACGCUCGAGCAGGAGUGUUUAUUAGCGCUUCACUUGUAAUCUGGCCCGAAGUGUGUGAUUGCUGACAGGAUACCCGCUACAGAUGUCUCUCUGAGCUAGAGCAAUGUUUGAACGCAGGUACAAUGGGCACACGUAGCAUAUGUACAUAUGCCACUGAAACAGAUUUGCUAAUACAAGUAUUUUACUCAUGCGCAUUUCAAUCUUGCCUGUUAUGUCCCUUUAAAUUUAGGUGUCCCUGUUCUACAGACUCUAACUUGGACAUUUUUACUCCAUUAUCAUUAUGCUGUGUUUUGGUAAAUGCAGAUUUUUGCACUACGCAGUGCUUUGUUACCUCAUUUAUUGUUAUUUAUGCUGACCAGACUGAAGAGUGUGCACAUUUGUAUGAUUACAAUCAUUUCUUACAGAGCAAGAAGACCUGAGUUUUACAGACUCAAGCAGCCUUUGUUUUAAUUGUUUGUUGGAUUUUAAUAUUUUUUAAUAAAAAUUAUUUUCAUAAUUA